CACUUUUUUAAAAAAAAGAAAAAAGAAAAGCUUUGCCUAAUUCAAAAUCAUAAAUAUUUUUCUCUACACAUUUCUUCAUUUAUGAUAUGUUUUAGGUCUGAUUCUAUUAUUAUUAGUCAAUUAAUAUUUUGAGGGGAACUUCAGCAGUCCUACUGUUUCCCAGGCUGGUCUCAAACUCAUGGUCUCACCAGAUGAUGCUUCUGCCUUCUGAAUGGCUGAGACUAAAAAGUGUGCCCCCCACAUCUAGCUUGAGUUCAUUCAUUUAUACACAUUUAAGUCUUUGAAUUUUUUUUAUUUUUAUUUUAUAUUAUGUGCAUGGAUGUUUUGCCUACAUGUGUAUCUGUACAAAAUAUGUGUGCCUGGUGCCUCAAGAGACCAGAAGAAGGUAUAAAAUACCCUAAAACUGGAGUUAUGGACGGUCUUGAGCUGCCACGUGAUGCUGGGAAUUGAACCUGGGUCAGUUGCAAGAGCAGCCAGCAUUCUCUACGGCUGAACCAUCUCCCCAACCCCAGGUCUUUUUUAUUUGUUUGUGUGUUUGUUUUAAGACAGUUUCUCAUGUAGAGAUCUGCCUACUGUGCCUCCCAAGUGCAGGGAUUAAAGGACCGCAUCACUGUGCCUGGAGUAAAAUUGUUAAAAGGGAGAGCAUUGUACUUCGUUCCUUGAAACCAAGGUUACAGGAGCUUCUUUGGCCGGCUUCGCUUGACUUUCCCAGACUCUUUUUUUUUUUUUUUCCUUUUCAGUCUUUGCAGUACCUGUCCCCUCCAGUCCCCAGUGCCCCUAGUUACAGCUUUCAGUGCUGUGCUUCUGGGAGCCAAAUAGGAUUCAGUUCCCCGCUGUGUUGUGCUGCUGCGUGAGGGCUGUGGCUAACAAGAUGGCUGGAAGACCCGAGAAGCAUUUGCCUUUGAUCAGAUUCACUCUCCUCUGUUUGAAAAUGGUUAUUUCAUCGAAAACAGCUCCUGAAAUACCAACUAUUGAUCAGGCAUAUUCGAAGAUCAGCAAUAGCAUCACCGUAGAAUGGACUACCGUGCCAGGCGCCACAAGUUACCUGCUCACGGCUGAAGAUGGGGACACAACCAUUGAGACCACAGUGGCCAAUUCCCCGGGCACUGUGACAGGCCUGAAGGCUGCGACCUUAUACCAAAUCACCAUCAGAUCUGUCAGUGCCUCUGGACGUAGCCCAGCAUCACCUCCGAAGCAGGCAAAGACAGUGUUGGCUGCCCCAAUUCUGGAAGUUAGCUCUCCAAGUCCAGACUCCAUCCUUGUGAGCUGGGACGCCGUAUACAUGGCGAUCGGAUUCUCCGUGUCUGUUAUGCAAGCCAAUGGCUUGGGUAGAAUUUGGAAAGAGAAUACCACAAACACCUCCCUGACCUUCAGCAGUUUGGACGCCGGGACUCUCUACACCAUAAAGGCCUAUGCGUGGAACGCCAACGGAAUCCCCGGGGAUGACUCCACCCGCAAUCAGAGAACCAGUCCUCGUGCCCCUGCCAACAUUCAAGUCUUCUUUGACAGCGGGGCCCUAAAGGCUUCUGUUUCAUGGACCCCGUCAGAAGGAGCAUUCAACUACACUGUGGUGGCAUGGAGCGGUUCUUCCCAGCGGAGCUGCAGCACAGCUCUCAGCUCCUGUAGCAUCGGUUCCUUGCAGUGUGGAACAGAGUACCUGAUUUCUGUCUCAGCAAACAACGAUGCUGGGUGCAGCAAGUCCUCCUCUGCACCCACCCUGAAGACUGUUGCUUGUGCACCUGGACGGGUGAUGAUCCAGGAAGAGCCCCCUGGUCACUUGUCUGUGGCUUGGUCCAAUGUGGAGCUGGGUGACUACUAUGUGGCAUUUGUGAAGAGCGAUGACGGCUUGGAGGUACAUUGCAAUACCUCCCUUACCCAGUGCAACUUCUUGUCCGAGUGUGGCUUCACGUACUUCAUUAGUGUGUUUGCCUACAACAAGGCAGGGCAGAGUCCUCUGGGCGACGUAUUCAAUUACACCACAGCUCCUUGUUGUCCUAGUGACAUUAGCCCAGUGUUGGUGUCCAGUGACAGGGUGGAGAUUGCCUGGUCUCCUGUGCGUGGUGCUGAACUCUAUGAAACCAAGGCCAUAGCUGGAUACAGCGUUGUGGCGUGCAACGACACUGCUCCUGCUUGCACUCUCUCUGCUUUGGAUUGUGACACCAAGUACAAUGUCACAGUGUAUUCCUUCAGUGAGGUCCGGGGCAGCAAUCUGUCAUGCUCUUCCCACUUUAUCACAACAGCUCCUUGCAGUCCUGAAAUAAAAAAUAUUUCGAAGGAUGCAUUCUCUAUGAUCAAUGUGCACUGGCGGUCGACUAAUGAAGGAGCCACUUACACAGUGACGGCCCAGGGGAAGAAGGGGUUGUUCCGGUGCAGCAGCACAGGGGAGACCUGCAGGAUGGGGGGCCUGCCCUGCGGCUCCGUGUUCUCUGUCACUGCUGUGGCCGAAACUCAGGCAGGAAAGAGCCUACCCAGCUACAGUGUGCCCCUGGAGACAGUGCCCUGCUGUCCAGCUGGUCUGACAGCAGCUCAGGUCACCCAGUCUAUAAUCAACGUGAGCUGGACCAUUGGGGCAGUGGCUCAAACCUAUGUGACAGUGCUGGAGUCAUACAUCGGACAGUCUAAGUGCCACACCCAUCAAAACCACUGCCUUCUAGGAUGCAUCGCGUGUGGCAUCAACUACACGGUGGCAUUAAAAGCCAUUAGUCCCACAGGACUGACCGCAGACUGUGCCUACCAGAGUUAUUCUUCUAGUGUCUGUUGCCCACUGGGGGUCAAAUUAUAUAGGCUGGGCCCUAAUGGCAUUCGGAUCUACUGGCAAGCCUCCAGGGGCUCUGCCAAUUAUAGCACCGACCUCUAUGGCUCCAAGGGCAUCUUUACAUGUGCCCCACACACUGGUCUAAGUUUCUGUGACAUCACCAACAUCCCCUGUGGGGACGUAUACACCGUGAUGGUCUCACCCGUUGCUGAAACAGGACUGAAGCUUACUUUCUGCCCAAAAAAAAUAUAUUCAGUUACCUGUUCUGGAAGUACACUUGGGAUGGUGAUUUACAGAGGGAAGAGGAACGAUACAGUAAGCCCCAGGUAAAAGCAGACACUCCACAAGAGUCCCUGCGCUGUUAGUGAGCAGCUAUGGAAACUUGCUAUUAGAACACAAAACACCCAUAGGAUAGGAAAAGCUCCUUUGUCCUUUAAAGGAGUAACUCAGACUCUGUUUUGAGGGGACAAGGUCAAGUGUGUCAUCAGCUACAGAGACGUUCGAGAUGAGCUAUGAAGAGGACUCCACGGAGGAAUGGUCCAGAGAGUCCACUGGACAGUCGCCAGACUGAGUCAGCACUGCCACAGCCUGAAGCAUAAAGGCAAUGCUUAGCAGAAAUUUGUUCCAAGGCUUCAUAUCUAGACACACCAUAGAAGGUCGCCUGUCCCAAACCCAUGUAGCCCAGGCUUGUCUUGAAGUCUCAAUCCCUCUGCCUCAGCCCUCCAAAGUGCUCAGGAUACAGGCAUCCACCAUUCUGCCCCAUCGCAGAUUUUAAUAUGUCCUGAUCAUGAGUCUCUCAACAGCUUAGCAUACAGCAUGCUCUCCGCAGGACGGAAGUGCUCCCCCCACUGCAGUCAAGCCAUCCUCCGGAGGACAGCAUUCACCCCUACACAGGCCUUUGUUGGGGUUUUUAAGCUGGAGUCUAGAGCAGCUGCUGCUAGGGCCACGUCAGUAACAAACGCCUUCCACACAGGUUUCUGGGGAAGCCAAGCUCCCUGCAGACUUCACUGAGUCAGAGAGUGCCAUGUGAACAGACAUCUGCCAGAGCCUCUGGGAAGGCAGAGCUGUAGGUCUGUGGCUGGAAAGGCUGCCAUCACGCUCUCUGAGUGAGCGAAGAUGUCAGGGGGAGCAGCAGCCAAGGGCAAGGAGUCUCAGACUGCGGCAGGGUCUCUCUCUCUCUCUCUCUCUCUCUCUCUCUCUCUCUCUCUCUCCCUCCUUCCCUCCCUCCCCCCUCUCUUUCACACACACACACACACACACACACACACACACACACACACACACACACACACACACACAGUCUUUCAUUGACCUUAUAGCCUGUUCUCUGCUCACAUUGUAAUGGCUUCUUUCCAUGAUUGGAGAGGGAAAAUAGUGAAACAUAACAUAAAUCUGUUGUACCUAGAACAAAUGUUUGUCUAUCUAAUGCCAGAAAACUGAUUUUUAAAAUAGUAUAAAUAAGAUUUUUAAAAUAGUAUAAAUAAGGCAUCCUCAAAUGCAUAGCUGUAGGGUGUGAAAGGAUGGCUCAGUGGUUAAGAGAACAGGCUGUUCUUGCUGAAGACCAAGUUAUAGUCCAAGCCCUCACAUGGCAGCUUAUCAACCUCUGUAACUGGUUCGGCGUAGUGGGUGGUGGUGAUGGGCCAUACCCUCUUCUGGCCUCCAAGAGCACCAGGCACAAAUGGUGCACAGACACACAUGCAGGAAAGUUAGACAUGCAGCCAGCAAGGAAGAGAGAGCAAACUUCCUCUCGUGCAUCUUCUCUCCAAGUAUGAGGGCACAUGCUGGUAAUCUCAAUACUCACGAGUCUGAGGCAGGAGGAUCAUGCAUUCAAGGCCAGGUUGGCCCACAUUCUGAAAUGUCUCAACAAACAAAUCAGGGAUGCAAAACGUGUCACUGACAAAGAGGUUUUUAUACUAUCAAGUAUCUAUUUUUGAAUUUUAUUGUUUUUAUUUUACAUGGAUGAAUGUGUUGCCAUAUAGGUGCCGGGAACUGAGCCCGGGUCCUCUGCAAGAACAGCAAAUGCUCUUAAUCAGUGAGCCGUCUCUUCAGCCCAUUGCCUUACAGUCUCACAGACGUACGCUUCGCAUUCUGAAUACUCACUCCCCAGCUCUCCACUACCUCUGCCCACCCCUCCAUGCUCCACAACCUCUCUUGUGUUCCUGUACGUUUUAUUUAGUGACGUAGCAAGAUUUUCCAGGGCAUCUGUGGGGUGUGAUGGACCCAGCAGAGGAUACACAACUAAAGAUAGCAUCCCUCCUCUUAGAGGAUCUACGGAUAGUCAGUGCUUCAGAGGUAAAGGGUGGGGUCCCAUGAGCCCCUUGAUAAGGAGAUCUUUCCCAGGACAAACCAGUUCUAAAAGUGGAGUUAAAUGCUUCAUGAGCACAAAUGAAAGAGGGCUGAGUUUUGCUCACUUAAAAUGUUUUUGCCAGUGAAGAUAGUGCACACCUUUAAGGCUAGUACUCAGGAGGCAAAGGUAGGUGGAUGUCUGAGUUUAAGGCUAGCCUGGUCUACCUACGGAGCUCUAGGCCAACAAAAACUAGAUAGUGAGACCCUGUCUUCAAAAAAACAAAAAAUAAUGUUUUUAAGUGGGUACAGAGAUGUAUGCCUUUAAUCCCAGCCCUUAGGAGGCAGAGGCAGGUGGAUCUCUAUGAGUUUGAGGCCAGGCUGGACAAAAUAGUGAGGGCCAGGACAGCCAGAGCUAUGUAGAGAGAUCUGUCUCAAAAACAAACAACCACCAAUCUAGGCAGUGAUGCCGCACAUCUUUGAUCCCAGCAGUCAGGAGGCAGAGGUGGGCAGAUCUAUGAGACCAAGGCCAGCCUAGUGUACAAAGAAAGUUCCAAGACAAACAGGACCACACAAAGAAACCUUGUCUCAAAAACAAAUAAAACAAACAAAAUAAACCAAAAAAA